AUGGCUGAUCCAUCGAUCUACACAUAUCCGUCUCCACUGGAAGGAUUUGAGAACCUCCCGCCUCUCCCAGACGAGAAAAACGCAGAUGGCAAGUCCUAUGUGAAUCCACCAGCAGCCAGACCCAGCCCGGCAUACGAUUCUUUCGUUUCACCCAUCACAAAUGACGAGCGAGGUGGUUUCGAUGUGCAUAUAUACUUCCAGCAAAACGUCGAUUCCGAUGUCAAAUUUGCAACCGAGCUUUGGGAGCGCAUCCGAAGAGAAUUCCCCGAGUUGCGCAUGUACAGAGUUUGGGACAAGCCAGUCGGUCCGCAUCCCAUUGCCAUGUUCGAAGUCAACCUGUUUACGCCAGCUCAAUUUGGCGCUUUCAUCCCAUGGCUGGUGAUCAAUCGGGGCCCCUUGUCUGCAUUGUUGCAUCCAAACACUGGUGAUGACAUUCGAGAUCACACACAACGUGCUACUUGGCUCGGGCAGCCUUUCCCACUUCAAAUUGGUCUGCUUAGACGGAUGCUGCAGAAGAGAGCUGAAGAGGCUCAGAACGGCCAGAAGACGAAUUAA